AUGGAUGAUGAUACACAAUCGAAACCUCUAGAGGAGAAGCUGAAGAGUCAGCUUAAUCAGGUUGAGCUUGAGCACGCAGUGUUCGAGAGAAUGAUUUACAAGAACAAGAAUCAACAUCGAAGAUGCUCUUAUUUCCAGUACCUUGAGAAGGUGAGAAGAGAAUUGAGACUUUUACGAACAACGAAUAUGAAUGAGAUUCUGAAAUCUUGCUUUCAUGUUAUUUCUGGGAAAGGAAGUAAACAGAAACUUCAUGUUUUGGAGAACUUGAAGUUGAAAAAAUCGAAACCAAAUAUCUUGGAACGACUACUUGGUGCUCUUCGUUUACUCUCGCAGAUGACUGAACCUAUCUUAAAGGCGGCUUGUGGGAUAUCUGUUCUGCUAGCUCGUUCGUUUUUCUUAGGAUUUUCCGUGACAUCUUUGGCGCUGCUUGCACGUCUCCGAGUGUUGCUUCAACAAAUAUUGCUUGAUGCUGUUUCAGUUUUCAAUUUGGUAACCUCUACAUCACUGAAGAAACAGUCUGUAAAGAUAGCACAGGACGGGGUUGAGGUGUUCCGCGAGUUCUAUCCGAAGGAUGAAAAGUGCAUCACCGUAUUGGAUUGUGUUUGGAAGACCGAUAAAUAUGUCUUAUCCGAGAAAUUGCAGAACCGUGAGAGUAGUGAAUCUGCAGAGGAAAAUGUUUCAAAAGAUGUUACUACUAAGGAUUAUUCGGUACAAUAUCAAACAUUUGCUUCUCUUUUUGGGGAAGAUCCCUCUCCUUUGCUUGAAGCAGACGAUGGUGGUGCUACUGCGAGAGAAAGCUCGACUCCCAUUAUCGAAGCAGCUUCUUCCAAGACUAAUAAUGUGUUGCAACAAGAAGUUUCAGAAAACCCAGAAGAUUCUACAACUAGGGAUUGUUCAGUUCAGUAUCAAACAUCCCUUGCUCCUCUCGGAGAAGAUCUCUCUCCUUUGCUUGAAGCAGACAACAGUGGUGUUACUGUGAGAGAAAGUUCCCCUCCAAUUGCCGAAGCCGCUCGUUCCAACACUAACAAUGCGCUGCAACCAGAAGUUUCAGUAAAUCCAGAAGAUGCUACAACUAGGAAUUUUUCUGUUCAGUAUCAAACAUCUCUUUCUCCUCUUGGAGAAGAUAUCUCUCCUUCUCCUCGAGAAGACAAAAACGGUGGUGUUACUGCUACGGAAUGUUCGACUCCCGUUGUUGAAGCAGCUGCUUCAAAGACUAGCAAUGAAUCCCAAACAGAAGAUUCAGAAAGACUAAAAGAUGAAUCUACAAAUCCCGUGAGCCCGAUAAAAAAUGUCUUAGACAUAAAGAAACCGACUUUUAGAGCAACCAAGGUUGCGUUUCUACCCAUGAAAAGACCUGCCACUGAAAUAAUGCCAAACACCAUAGAGGAAUCCCCAAGAAAGAAACCCGAAACAGGCGAGAAAGACAAAAAUGAAGAAGAAGAUGGAUUUUAUAAUCUACUCAUCGGCGGAACGCAAAAAGACAGUUUGUUCUAG